CUUCACCUUCCCCUUUCCUUCUCUGUUGCCCUUUUCACUUCACUUCACACUUCACUUCACUUCAAAACCCCCCACAAUUUCCCUCACUUUCUCACAAACCAAACAUGCAUUCCCUCCUCUAUCUCCUCCUUCUCUCUCUCACGCUCUCUCAAACCCUCUCCUCGCCAACGGAACUCGAACUCCUAAUGGAAAUCAAGGCUUCUUUAGACCCUCAAAACAGGUUAUUGACAUCAUGGGAAACCAACAAAGACCCAUGUGGUGGUUCUUUUGAAGGUGUGGCGUGCAAUGAACUAGGCCAUGUGGCUAACAUUUCCCUUCAGGGAAAGGGUCUUCUAGGCCAAAUACCAGCAGCUUUAGGCGGGCUAAAGAGUUUGACUGGUUUGUACUUGCAUUUUAAUGCAUUGAAUGGAGUGAUACCAAAAGAGAUUGCUGAGUUGAGUGAACUCAGUGAUUUGUAUCUUAAUGUUAAUAAUCUGUCUGGAGAAAUUCCACCCCAGGUUGGUAACAUGUCUAAUCUUCAAGUUUUGCAGCUUUGCUACAAUAAGUUGACUGGGAGUAUUCCAACAGAACUGGGAUCUCUGGAGAAGCUCAGUGUCCUUGCUCUGCAAUAUAAUCAACUAACCGGUGCAAUACCUGCCAGCCUGGGGGAUUUGGAGUUGUUGUCAAGGUUGGAUUUGAGCUUUAAUGACCUUUUUGGUCCCAUACCUGUAAAAUUAGCUAAAGCUCCUCUGCUGCGAACUCUAGAUAUUCGUAACAAUAGUCUCUCCGGGAAUAUACCUCCAGCUUUGAAGAGGCUGACUACUGGAUUUCAAUAUGGCAACAACCCUGACUUGUGUGGAGUUGGGUUUUCUAACCUUGAAACAUGUGCGACUUCGGAUCCUAAUAGACCUGAACCUUCCGAACCUCAUGUUGCCAUGGAGAAGGACAUCCCAGAGUCUGCAAACCCUUCUUAUUGCAGCAAAAGUGACUGUUCGAAUCUGUCCAAGACCCCAAGAUAUGGUAUCAUAUUCGGCGUGAUCGGAGUUUUCAUUGCAAUGUCUGUCACUGGGCUUCUGAUGUUUUCUUGGCACCGUCGCCAUAAACAGAAAAUUGGAAGUGCCUCAGAUACUUUCGAUGGGCGGCUUAGCACUGACCAGGCCAAGGAGGUUUCCAGGAGGAGUGCCUCCCCACUUAUUAGCCUAGAAUAUCCCAAUGGUUGGGAUCCCAUGGCCAUUGGUCGAAGCAAAAGUGGGUUUUCUCAAGAAGUUCUUGAGAGCUUCAUGUUUAAUUUAGAAGAGGUAGAGCGUGCAACUCAGUGCUUCUCGGAGGUGAAUUUGCUGGGGAAGAGUAAUUUCUCAGCUAUCUACAAAGGCAUCCUGAGAGAUGGGUCAGCUGUUGCUAUAAAGUGCAUCACCAAAACAAAUUGCAAGUCCGAUGAAGCUGAUUUUUUGAAGGGGUUGAAGAUAUUGACCUCAUUGAAACACGAAAAUCUGGUGAGAUUGAGAGGUUUUUGCUGCUCAAAGGGAAGAGGGGAGUGUUUCCUCAUCUAUGAUUUUGUCCCAAAUGGAAACCUGGUGCAGUAUCUUGAUGUAAAGGAUGGCAGUGGGAAGGUUCUUGAAUGGUCGACAAGAAUUUCAAUCAUAAAUGGCAUUGCUAAAGGUAUUGCACACUUACAUGGAAGUAAAGGAAAUAAACAUGCUCUAGUUCAUCAAAAUAUAUCAGCUGAGAAAGUGUUCAUCGAUAGAUGGUAUAAUCCCAUGCUUUCGGAUUCAGGGCUGCACAAACUCCUUGCAGAUGACGUCGUCUUUUCCAUGCUCAAAGCCAGUGCUGCCAUGGGAUAUUUGGCUCCUGAAUACACAACCACAGGUCGUUUCACUGAAAAGAGUGAUGUUUAUGCGUUUGGCAUUAUUGUACUUCAAAUCCUCAGUGGAAAACGGAACAUCACUCAAUUGACUCACCAUGCAGCUGAAGCAUGCAAGUUUGAAGAUUUUAUUGAUGCAAAUCUCGAAGGAAACUUCUCAGAAUUAGAGGCAGCCAAGCUUGCAAGAAUAGCUCUCUGUUGCACUAAUGAAUCUCCAAAUCACAGGCCAACCAUGGAAACUGUGAUGCAAGAACUUUGUGAAUCUAUGGUCGCUGAUUAGCUUAUUUGAAAUUACGGUCCCUUUGCCUCAAUUUCCAAACAAUAGGGAAGUUCUAGAUCAGCCACUAACCACCACCUGAUGUUGGACCUCCUUUACUAAUAUCUAACUGCACUGCCCUCUCUGGAGGGCACGAGAUCUUGUGAACGUCGUGUAACUCUCUGGCCACUGAGCCGAUUGUAAUAUCUUAGUGAGUUAUAUGAAAUGAAUUUAGACAUGUAAGAAGUCAGUAUCUGUUUUCUCAAUAAGCAAGACUAGUUUUAUUUUAGUUGC